AUGCGGGAUGUACUGACAAUAUUUCUCGAGGCGAGUGCUGCACGUGGCGCGUGGGAGGCGGCUCUCUCCGCCUGGCGCACCGCCGCUACGGCUGAGGGUGCCGUCGUGUCCGGCGCGCAUGUGCUGUUGCUCACACGUAUGUUAGCGCAAGUGGGAAGGUGGGGUGAGGCGGUGCAUGUUGUAAUGAGCGGCGUCGAUUCAAAUGCGUCGGUGCUAUGUCAUCGACGUGUCGCGGCGAGGCGCAUGGCGAUGUUGGCGGCGGCCGAUGCCGGCUGCUGGAGCCAUGCGUGCCAACAGCUGCAGGACGUUUUCAAGUGGCAGGUUGACCGUAGCAGCGGCAGUGGCGACGCCGCUACGGAGAGGGAGUUGGCUUUCUUCGCGGAAGCAUUUGAGCGGCGUGUUGUGCCGCACAUUCCCGCACCACAUCGAGCGACGGUUGCGCGGGUCGCACACGAGCUACGACGCGGACAUGAUAUCGGACAUAAUCAGCAGCAGCAGAAGCAGCAGUGGCGUCUCGCCGUGGACGAGGCUGACAGCGCUGGUCAGUGUGCGGGUGGGGCCGUUGCGGUGACGAACAACGAGGAGCUACUGCACAUUCUGCACCGGCCGAAGGAGCGCACCUCGUGGGUUCGUGCCCUUCAGGUGCUUCAGUCGAUGCCACACCCCAACGCCGCCUCGGUGAACAUCGCGCUAGGGAUACUUAGCCGGCAGGGCCGCCAGUGCGAGGCGCUGCGUGUGGUCAGCGUGUUUAUGGUGUCACGCGGCAUACACCCGACGGCGGUGACAGCGAAGGCAGUGGCGGAGGCCGCAAACGCCAUGCGCUCGCUGGACUUGUGCAAAGUGUUGAUUGAUACACCAGCCCUGCGCGAGCAACUCACCCCACACGCUGCCGUUCCUUUGGUGUUGACGCUGCAGCGACUGGGAUAUUGGAAGCUGUGCCUUGAGUGGUGGGACUCGCUUCUGCCCUGCGACGCCGCGUGCAGUGACAGCGGAAGCGGCAGCAGCAACGGUGCUGAGUUGCGGCGGCAUCUAAAGUUGAGCAGUUACGUUGCCGUCUGUGUGGCGCGUGGCGGUCGGUGGUUGGAAGCGCUUGCCGCCAUGCAGGACGCCGCACCGCAUGACCCACCGCUCUCUGUUCUCUUCGCACUGCGUGCGUUGCGUGUUGCGGGGCGGUGGGAAGCCGCAGUGUCUGUGUUUCUGCGGAGCAGAAACGUGUGGCAGCACUCACCAGUGGCCCUGCAGGUGUCGGACGUGAUGAUGAGGCAAAACGCCGAAUCUUGGGUCCCGCAUGCCACACUCCGCGCACUUCGUUCAGCGUGCGGUACGUGA